CACAACGUAGCCGGCGCGAGCGCAUCCCGUGAACCGAGCGCGGUCCCAAAAUACCCGCCAACCGGGCCGCGACGCGAUGCCCUGACGUACAAACCCCAAACAAAGAAUACCAAUAUUUAACAAAACCUGGUCUUUUGGUCCAAGUGCUGUGAUAGUGUUAUGGUGCCAUGUCGCCGACGGCCAUUGGAGCGGAUCUUCCGCAGUGGUGCGGGAAGACUGAGGGCUGCCCCCAGGCCUUGCUCGGAUGGCUUUAUCUAACCCACGAUCAGAAUGACCAGUGGGUGCCAGGCUCCGUGUGGGGCCCGCUGCCAACAGCCUCCUCCGGCCCAGCCGCUCCCCCGGCCGAUGACAACAGCUCUCUGGCUGAGCAGCUCGCGGCUCUGUCACUAAGGAGACCACCACGACCGCCCCCGCCGGCAUACAUGUGCCAUCUGUGCUUUAAGAAGGGGCAUUAUAUUGGUGAUUGUCCUCAGGCCCGUCCUAAAGGCGAAGGUUUGACUCCUUACCAGGGCAAGAAGAGAUGCUUCGGGGAGUACAAGUGUCCCAAAUGCAAGCGCAAGUGGAUGAGCGGCAACUCUUGGGCUAACAACGGCCAGGAGUGCAUCAAGUGCAGGAUCAAUGUCUUUCCUCAUAAGCAAAGGCCGUUGGAGAAGCCAGAUGGUCUGGACGUGAGUGACCAGUCCAAGAUCCACCCACAGCAUCUGUGCCAGAAAUGCCGCUCUCUUGGCUACUACUGUCGCAGGGAAUACUAAAUAUGUGGAGUAUACCACGGUCUUUCCAAGGUCUACUCUGGAAAGACCAAUUUAUAAAGAACGUAAUUUUUUGACGCUGUCUCUCGUACAAUAAAUUGUUGUACUUUAA